AACUGCAGACCCAAGUUUGCAUUGUUGAAAUGGCUUGGAGCGGUACCAACACCAACACCAACACCAAACACAUAGUCUCACAGAUUCCUCCCUACAUAUAUGUCUAUAAUGAUGGCUCCAUCGAACGUCCCAUAGACAUCCCAAGAACUCCUCCCUCACUUGAGGACCCUGCAACAGGUGUCGCUUCCAAAGACAUUCUCUUCUCAAAGAACCCUUUCCUCUUUGCAAGACUUUUCCUUCCAAAACUAACAACUCCACCACCCAACCAAAAAAUCCCCAUUUUGGUCUACUCCCAUGGCGGUGCCUUCUGCUUUGAAUCAGCAUUUGCAGCGCACCACACCAAAUACUGCAACCUAAUAGCUUCCCAGGCAAAUGUUAUCAUUGUUUCCGUAGAGCAUAGGAAAGCUCCUGAGCAUUUUCUCCCUGCAGCUUAUAAUGAUUCUUGGGCUGCUCUCAAAUGGGUUGCAUCCCAUUCCCAUGCCACCAACAGCAACAGCGACACGUGGCUCAUCAAUCAUGGUGAUUUCAGCAAAAUAUUUAUCGGGGGUGAUAGCAGCGGUGCCAAUAUUGUUCAUAACCUGGCCAUGCGUGCUGGGGUUGAAGCUUUGCCCGGCGGUGUAAAAGUUUACGGUGCUUAUCUUAACCACCCUUACUUCUGGGGUUCAAAGCCAAUUGGGUCUGAAGCUGUUAUAGGAUUUGAAGAGACCCCUCAGUCAUUGAUUUGGAACUUUGCGUACCCUGAUGCACCUGGUGGCUUAGAUAACCCCAUGAUCAAUCCAUUGGCUCCUGGGGCACCCAGCUUGGCUCAACUUGGCUGUUCUAAGAUGCUUCUUACUGUUGCCGGUAAGGAUCACCUACUCUUCAGGGACAGAACUCUGUUGUACUAUAAGGCUGUCAAGGAGAGUGGCUGGAAAGGCCAAGUGGAACUCUUUGAAGAGGAACAAGAGGAUCAUGUUUAUCACAUGUUUAAUAUGGAAACUCACCAAGCCAAAAGAUUGAUAACAAUCGUCGCUAAUUUUCUUCGCCAGUGAAACCAAUUAGGAUCUGCUCGUUUCACCUUAUAACAAGGGCAUUCUUAAUUAAAUAAAUUUCCUAGAAUAAUGUGUCCGGUCCCUUGUUCCAAGAUCUCUGUUUAAUGAAAUCCUUUAUCCAUAA